AUGGGCGACUUAGAACGUCAAGUCGAGCGCCUUACUCGCGAGAUCGAAGGACUUCGGAGUCAUCUGAAGCAUGAGGAGAGAGCGAACGAAGAGCUGAGGGAGCGUCUGGGCCUCGAAGAGCGACAGCAUCAGGCUACUCGGGCUGAUAUGCUUGCGGAGAUGGAGAUAUCUCGGAAGAGACAGGUUGAGUUAGACGAACUGCGUCGAUCGUCGUCUGAGGAACGCAAGGGCCUCGAGGAAAGGGUUGAAGCUAUAGUGCGGCAAAAGGACCAGGAUAUAGCGGAAAGAGAUGCAACUCUGAAGAGGCUUCGAUCGGAUCUGGAUGCCUCGAAGCAGCGUGUGCCUUCGAACUCCCAUGCAUCACAGCCAAGCGCACUGGACAAGGGUAACAAACGCGCUGCGAAUGAAUCCGUCGUCGGCAGACCAGGCUCGCAGAUCGCUCCGCCGUCUAAGAAGCGCAGAACUCAGUACGACUCAGGGAUUGGUGCCCACACUGAGAGACUAGGCGAUACAGUGCGAAUAGCGAACACUGUACAUGAACGUGCGCAAUCCGGGAUGGACCCAACGUCUGAUCAGGAAGGACUAUCCACCAAUCGUGAGCUCGUGAGGCUGGUAUGCAUAGAGCGUGAGGCAUCGGCAGUACAACUGGAGGUAGCUCGCAGCGAUGCCGCUCGGGGAGCGAUGGAUCAGACCAGACAAACGAUCACUUAUCUGACAAACAUGCUUGAGCGGGAACUAAGUUUACGACGUCGGGCGGAAGAGCACAUCGCGUUCUUGCAAAGGAACGAGGCAAUGAUCAGGAAGGAGUUAGAUGAGCACCGGGCUUCAGAAUCCGCCCAAGAGGACCACAUCCGUGCCCUCGAGACUGAGCUGAACAAGAGGGUCGUGUCUUCCAGACCCAAUAGCAACGCCGAACAUAGCACGUCGGCUUGCAUGAAGCGUUCCACGCGUACACUUGCGACUCAAACGGAGGAGGAGGAGCCCGUCGAUCCCCCGGAACCGGAGGAACCGCCUAUUUUGGCUAAGGCGCUCAAGCAAGCUAGUGAAAACGGCAGAUGUGUCGGGAUAAUAUGCUUAUUGCUGAAAGCAUAUAUGACGAGAGCGGCGGACCCCGCGCUUAAAGAGCAGCAAUAUAAGGCUGAAUACAUAAGUAAGCUAGAAUCCACUCUGAAAAAGGUCCAAAAGAGUGUGCUAGAAAAUGAGAUCAACGGUGAAGGAAGCCUGCACACUCUUAAGUUGAGAACCCAGCGCCUAGUGUAUGAUCUGCAGACCAAGAGCUCAUUACUCGGGUUCAUUGUAGGCGGUAUGAUGCCAACCUGGCUCCAACUACUUAAGACAGAGGACACGCGCGGACCGCCGAUCACGUGCCGCUGUGACGAACUUAAUUGCGAGUACUCCCCGCUCAAUGGGCGAAUUCUGCUCUGA